ACAUAGUACAACUUGUCAAACAACAUGUGAUGUACUAAACGAAAAAGUUUCAGUUGCAUUAUGAAUUAUGAUUAUUUACCUUUUUUUUGGGCGGUAAAUUCUAUUUAUUUCGUAAUUAUAUUGAAAUGAGUGUUAAUAAGAUACUAAAUUAAAAAAAAAAUUUAGUAUGUAUUAAGACACUGGACUGAGGAAACUUAUAUCAAAUACUUUAAAGGUUUGUUGAAAUAUAAUACUUUUCGAUGACAUUGAAAAGAAGUGUGUACAUGAAGUCACAUAUAUAUACAUACAUACAUUGCAUUGAAUUUAAAGCAGUGUGAAGAAAUUAUUCAUAUUGAAAACCUGUAGUUUAACUUUUUAAAUUAAUAUUUUUUUCAAUAUGAUAGAAUCAAUGACAUUAGAACUUAGACCCAGGCUUCAAAUAUGCAAUGCUUUCAUUCAUUUAAAUAAAGAAGUAAAUUUAACAGCAGUUAAAGUAAAGCUAUCAAAAGAAAAUAUAGAAAUAACUAUAGAAAACAAGACAGUAAUAUUUUUAAUGAAAUUCAUAAAAUUAAUACCAGAUUCAUUAUCAGCAUUAGAUGUUACAAAAAAUUGGAUUUGUUUUCGUGCACAAACAAUGUCUGAUCCUCUCCUUGGCUCUUUCAAAACACAAAUAAUUUCAAAUUUAACAUUCAAUACUAAUUCAUUAAACAAUUCUAUUAAAAAUACUGAAUUAUUUAAUACAGGUAAAUGUCAUAUAAUGUGUACUUUUUGUAAAAACAUUCUUUCUAAGGACAUGUAUAUUAAAAGGAUUUUACCUGUACCAGAUAUGAAUUGUGAUCCAAGUGAAUGGUUUUGUUGUAAACACAAUCACAGUAGUAUUAAUAUGUAUAAUUUAAUUCCCUUAGAAUCUGAUAUUUUUUAUGGGUCAUUUUUCUUCAUCAUUCAUGCAAGUUUAUUUAAUCAUAAUUUAAAAGUAGAGGAAAAUGUCGUGAUUUGUAGUAAGUGUUUACAUUAUUUAGGAAAAAUUCAUACAGAUAAUUCAUUUAAAUUAUGGAAUUGUAGUGUAGAUUACAAUUCAUUAAGUAACUCAACAAUAAAGAAUGCAACAGAUCCUUUUAAUGAUUUUUUACUUGCUAUUAAAACUUCAAUGACUGGUAUACUUGGUGAAGAGAUAAUUUUGCAAUACUUUAUGGGAAAAGAAACUCAUUCUCUCACUAUAAAACCAAUGGAUUGGCAUUUAAAUUUAAUGAUUGAGCCUAAGGAUAUUUUAUGCAAUAAUAUUGUAACUUUACAAAGAGCAUCAGUUGUUAAAGUAUUAUACAAAUAUGAAACAAAUAAAAAUACUCCUGAUUCUGUAAAUAAAACAUAUUGUGAAGUAAGUUUUUUAGUAAUAAAGGCAGGUUUGGAACAUCUAUUAACAUCAACAAAACGAUUUCCACAAGUUUAUAGAACUGCAAUUGAUUACAAUGUCGGAUAUAUAUGUUUAGACAAUUUUAUAGACAAUACUUGAUCAUAUUUUUCUACUUUUAGAAUAUUGAAAAUUGUAAUUUUUGCAUAGCUAAUUCUUAUAUAUUUUUAAUUUAUUUUUAAGUGA